AUGGUCCAGGAAGUUGUGUCUGAUUUGGAAGGAAAUAUUUCAACUGGCCGGGCGAGUCCGGGGUCCACGCCAAAUUCGAGCUCUUCUCUAAUUGGAGCUACCACAGCUGGAGGUCGCUCUUUGGUGUACCAAAUGACAUCUUUCUAUUUGAGAACCCCGCUCAAACUUUUCCGACCAGCUCGAUUCGACUAUUUGCACUACCUGCGCGUACUUCUAGUUGGAGAUGACAAAACGAGAACACCCAAGCACGAACAACCUAAUACGGCACAUUUCACCUUGAAAUCGCAUGUGUGGAGUCCAAGAUAUCUUUACUAUUUGGAAAACACUUCCCUAGGAAUUCUCACCAAGGGACUCAAUAAAUACGGAUGGCGAGUAAUCCCAGAAAGAGUUCUGCCUCCGCUGAUCGCCAACUCGGCCGCGGGUGUGCUUCUUUAUACCACAUAUUUGACGACCCUGAAUGCAUUUGCCCAAUCCAAUCCUAACAACAGCUCUGGCUAUCACAGACCUUGGGACGUGGUGAGAGCAGGGUUCAUAGCAGGGGCAGCACAAGCUCUUGCCUCUGCACCAAUUGAUGCAAUCUACACCAGAUCUACUGUGGAUCAAUUGCUCACCCAAGCCAAAAACUACGACAAUUUGUGGGUUUACAGCUUUAGAAAGCUUCAAGAGAUCGGACUGGUAGGCUGUUUUGGCGGAUUUGGUCUUUCACUUUUAAAAGAGUGUUUUGGAUUCGCCACGUAUUUCACUGUUUUCGAAUUUCUCAAGGGCCAGGUUUGCCAGUGGACUAUUGAUUCCAUUACAAGUUACCGCGAGCUUAAACUACAAUUACAACAGAGCAAGCUCGCUAGAAUGUUUCAAGACGAUUCAGAAGAUGAACAAAAUCUUCAACCUGCUAAUGUGAUGAGCGCAAAGGAGCAAAAGCGUUUCCAUCAAGCAUUCGUGUUUGUUGGCGGUGUCUCGGCCGCUUUUCUUUUGCAGGUUAUCCAAUACCCAUUUCUCAAGCUACAAAAGAUCCAUCUCUCUAGGCUAGAAGCGUUCGACAUCUACAUGAAAGCAACAUCUAAUCAAUCUGGCAGUCAACCUUAUCAACGGAGCCCUCGUCUAAAUGAAGGCAUCACCAGAAUAAGGAUCAAACCUGGAAAUCAAAGGCUUUUCCACAUUUACUACCAUUCCUACCUUGAUACCUUUCAGCACGUUUACUUCAUUCAGAAGAGCACUGGAGCGAUAUGCAAAUGGCUCUACAAAGGCUUUUGCAGAAAUACAUUAGCCAUCAUCCCGGGAACUACAGCUGGUUUGUUAUGCCUGGAGCUUAUGAGAAACAAACUGGGUGACUUUUCAUCAGAACAUGCUUUAGAAAGCCAUUGA